CUGUUUGAUGGUAUAAUGAAGACAGGGGUAUUCUGCCUGUUUGAUGGUAUAAUGAAGACAGGGGUAUUCUGCCUGUUUGAUGGUAUAAUGAAGACAGGGGUAUUCUGCCUGUUUGAUGGUAUAAUGAAGACAGGGGUAUUCUGCCUGUUUGAUGGUAUAAUGAAGACAGGGGUAUUCUGCCUGUUUGAUGGUAUAAUGAAGACAGGGGUAUUCUGCCUGUUUGAUGGUAUAAUGAAGACAGGGGUAUUCUGCCUGUUUGAUGGUAUAAUGAAGACAGGGGUAUUCUGCCUGUUUGAUGGUAUAAUGAAGACAGGGGUAUUCUGCCUGUUUGAUGGUAUAAUGAAGACAGGGGUAUUCUGCCUGUUUGAUGGUAUAAUGAAGACAGGGGUAUUCUGCCUGUUUGAUGGUAUAAUGAAGACAGGGGUAUUCUGCCUGUUUGAUGGUAUAAUGAAGACAGGGGUAUUCUGCCUGUUUGAUGGUAUAAUGAAGACAGGGGUAUUCUGCCUGUUUGAUGGUAUAAUGAAGACAGGGGUAUUCUGCCUGUUUGAUGGUAUAAUGAAGACAGGGGUAUUCUGCCUGUUUGAUGGUAUAAUGAAGACAGGGGUAUUCUGCCUGUUUGAUGGUAUAAUGAAGACAGGGGUAUUCUGCCUGUUUGAUGGUAUAAUGAAGACAGGGGUAUUCUGCCUGUUUGAUGGUAUAAUGAAGACAGGGGUAUUCUGCCUGUUUGAUGGUAUAAUGAAGACAGGGGUAUUCUGCCUGUUUGAUGGUAUAAUGAAGACAGGGGUAUUCUGCCUGUUUGAUGGUAUAAUGAAGACAGGGGUAUUCUGCCUGUUUGAUGGUAUAAUGAAGACAGGGGUAUUCCUGGAGAGUUGUGUUCCUUGUGAUGCCGUUCCCCCGCUCCGGUUAAUCAUAACUUAAUAAUGAUUGACUAGAAGUUCAGUGAAUUCCAUUUUCUUUUUCUUUCAAAACUUUCUCCAAGACUUCUGGAGUCUGUGACUUCCGGACUUCCCUGUUCAAGGACCCACAUGUUCGUUUAAUAAAAUAUGUCCCAGCAAGUUUUCUCCUGCCUGGGAAAGGUGUGUGGAGGUGUAGGGGGUGAUCUUUGAGGUUCCACUGACAGAAGACAGCUGUCUGGCCCCUUCCCCCUGUCCUCCAUCACACCAUGAGGUGCCCCGAGACCCCGCCCCGAGACCCCGCCCCUUCCCCCUGUCCUCCAUCACACCAUGAGGUGCCCCGAGACCAAGACUUAGGAGAGGAGGCACCAUUUGGUACCAGUUACUAAGCCACGGGGGGGCACCACUGCUGCUACCCUCCCGUCUC